AUGGGUAAUUCCAAUUCAUCGCACGAACCGCUGGAGCGCGGGUUUACCCGCGGCACGUAUGGAGAUGUAAAAAACACGAAAUCAGCCUCAUUUCGACAAAGUAAACGAUCACCAAAGAAGAUGGAUCGACUGCGCAAAUCAUUCCGCGACUCAUUUCGUCGACGCAAGGACCGUGUUCCGGAGGCAGCAAAACCUCAUCAAUGGCAAUCGGAUGAACAUGCGGUACGUUCGGCUACGUGCACCUUUUCGGUGAAGUACUUGGGAUGCGUAGAAGUAUUCGAAUCUCGUGGGAUGCAGGUGUGCGAGGAGGCAUUGAAGGUGUUACGAAACUCGAGGAGACGUGCAAUACGGGCUCAGCUGCAUGUUAGCGGUGAUGGGCUCCGCGUAGUUGAGGAUGACACGAAGGGGCUGAUUGUUGAUCAAACCAUCGAAAAAGUCUCGUUCUGUGCGCCGGAUCGUAAUCAUGAACGAGGCUUCAGUUACAUAUGUCGCGAUGGUACGACGCGUCGUUGGAUGUGUCACGGGUUUCUGGCCACUAAAGAUUCCGGCGAACGGCUUUCCCAUGCGGUGGGUUGCGCGUUUGCCGUGUGCUUGGAGCGCAAGCAGCGCCGUGAUAAAGAGUGCGGUGUGACGAUGACGUUUGACAUGAAAAACUCCACCUUUACCCGUACCGGAUCGUUUAGGCAGCAGACGAUGACGGAACGGUUGGCAGGUGCCACGGAUACGGCGGUAGUGGCCCCGCAACAGAACAAUAACGCCCCGAAACCAUAUAAUCCGUUCGCAAUCGAGCGGCCACACGCGACACCCUCGAUGCUGGAACGUCAAGGAAGUUUCCGUGGAUUUACGCAGAUAGGGUCGGCCUCUCCAUUCAAACGUCAGAUGUCGUUGCGAAUAAACGAUCUUCCGUCCAAUGCAGAACGGCAGCGCGCGUUCCUCGAACCGGGUACACCACAGCGCACGACUGUUUCGCCCAUACCGGAAGUGUCCCCACAGCCGACGGACACUGUCAGUCAGCUGUGCCAGGAACUGAGCCAAGGGCUGUCACUGCUUACCAAAAACGAUUCGGAUGAUUUCUAUCUGAACAAAGAGCUGCAACUAAAAUCGUCUGUUACAACCGCUACUACGAACAUCACUUCUAGCACACUGGCGUCCAAUUCUGCCACCGCUGUCAGCAGUUACGUUCCUGGGCUGCUUGCCAGAAAUGGUCCGAGUGAUAUUGCUCCUCCAGCAUUACCAUCCCUGUCGGUAGUGCCUACGAUCCCUCCACGAUCCAUAUCCCCGCUAAACAAGCAGCAAACACUGGACUUAUCGGCUCUUGGUAGCAGUGCAAGUAGCAACACGACUCACAGUGUUAGUAGUAUUGGAAGUAGCAUUAAUAGUAAUACAACCGCAGCAACUAUCCCUGCUAGCGGUGGUUUCCCGGGAAUGGCAGACACGAUAGUGGGUGCGUCUAGUACUUCCACCUCCUCCAGUGUAGUAGUCCCAAUCGAAACGGCAUCACUGUUGCCCAAUCCUGAACAGUGGCUAGGACAGAUCGUGAAGAAUGUUUCCCCAUCUCCACGCCGCGCACCUUCACUGCACAAUCGGGCAAAGUCACUUAAUGCAGCCGAUCCCUUCGACGCGGAAUGGGUGGCAGACGUAGCGAAGCCGGAAAUACAUAGCACGAAUCCAUUCAUUUCGCCUCCAAAACUUCCGGCACAAACGUUUCAAGUACAUCUUUAA